CAAGUUCCAAACAUCUACAAUAUCUGUUACAACUACAGAAUCAGAAUACAAAACUUCUUUACUUGAACCGGUACUUUUUUGCAUAGCUAUCCAGAGUGUACACCCUACUUCACACCUAACAUCUCAAGAAACAGGCUCUACCAACAAACAACAUAACCGCCGUACUGCACCUGACAUAACAUAUAAUAUGUACACGUGCUCAGUUAACUCUUCCACCCUUUGAAAUUAUUGACAUCAAUGUUGCCAUUAAUCACAUACCACUUAAACACCUUUUCAUUGGAUCCUGUACCUGCACUCUGUGACAUACAGUACAUAGAUACUACAGAGCCUUUUUCCUAUUCACCAUAUGAGCUUUCAGUUUCCCCAGGUGCUGCAAACCUUCUUGUCUUUGGUGGAAAACAUAGCUCUAACACGAGAUUAUUACAUUUGUCCCAUGCAACCACUUAUCGAUUUCUAGGGUCAAUAUGAGGGUUACUGUAAAAUAUAUCCUUUAUAAUAAUCCUGACUGGCUCGUUCCCCUCUGAACGCUGUCUCAGACUUCUUUUGUUUAAUUCUGAGUAAGCUGAUUCGGAACCUCCUGUGACAUUCGUAUAAGAUAACAGUAAUACGAAUUAUUUCUUCCCACAAAUGGAAUUAAUUUUUCAUGGCACAUGUGGCCAAUGACAACCAGACUUCCUUGCCUCCAACCAUCAACCUAGUUUCCAAUUUCCUCUUCUAAUACAGCUUUAAAAGCUUCAAAAGCAGGGUCUUUUCUCUCUCGUCACUGUAACUCCUGCAGGAGUGAGGAGAUUGGAGUCAGGAGUAUCGUAAAACACUAAAAAUGACAUUUGAGAAACUAAGACAUGACAUUUGAAAGCUCUGGAAUUUAAAAUAAUGUACAUGCAUAUGUAUAUGUAUACAGUAUGUCUAUGUAUAUGUACACGUAUAUGUAUAUGGACAUCUGAGCAAGUAUGUGUACUAUAUAGGUCAACCUUUCGAAGCAAGGUUUGUAAUACAGUAUGCUCCUUGUCUGUAACUUGAUCAGGUCCCAAGACAGAAGUACUGUUGCCAUAGAAAAAAGAGUUCAGUCUCUGCCAAGUGACAGAUCACAAACCAUACAAUUGUUUUGCAGCUCAGAACAUGUCAGAAAAAACAAGGCCUAAACCUUUUGAAGGAACUUCUAUUGAAAUCUUAUAGCAAACAUGAAGAGGGGUGGGGAAUACGUUUUCUGCUGAAUUUCAAUGGGCCUUAGAAGAAGAAAGUACAGUAGGUGUGAAAUGCAGCAACACCAUUCCCCAUCUUGUAAAAAACAUUGCUGUAAACUGGAAGUCUGCAUAAUCCUAUAAGGCAUCCCAUUCAGUGGAAAACUGUAGUCCCCUGUUACCUAAUUAACUUUAAUUUUAUUUUUGCUCCCGACCUUAGAGAAAGACUGUAACCUCCCAGGGAACAUUUAGCAACAAAUUAAGCUUUCAUAGUAUACCUCUUGUACUAGGGAAUGCUGUCACAUCAAGAUCAUUAGCCUGCUACAUACAAGUAGUCUAAAAAAGCUUUUGCUUCACUUGAAUUCGGGACAGUUCUGCAUGUACUUAAACUCUACUGUUCAGCAGGUGAAGGCAAUAUCUGAAGACUUUUGUUUUGAAAAACAUGUCAAACAUUUCACUUUUUGUUGAAUGGUUUUGCUUUUUUCAAGUCUCAGUACAGCAUUUUGUGACAUGAUAGGAGCUAGAUGCCCUGAACAAUUUCAGGUACAGCUGAUCUAAUCUUCUUAUUGCCUUUGGGAAGGUCGGAUGGUGGCAGCAGGACUCAAGGAAAUCAGCUCUGAAUGUUGCUAAAUAAGCUGCUGGGGAAAAUAUCUACAGUACAUUUCAAUACUAGACUAUACAUGCGGUUUUCUGAUAGUUGCCAUAACAUUAAAAAAUGUCAAAACCUUUCAUUGGUGUUGUGAUUCUGCUGUUUCUCUUUUCUGGGAAGUCUAGAACUGACAAGGGGACAACCCAGAACAUAAAAGAAAUAAUUAUUGGAAGAUGUUACAGUUAUGUGAAAAUUGUUCAUCCAAGUUCUAGGUACAACUGUGAAGAAAUAUGGAGAGAUUUUCAGGAUGCUGUUCUAAAUAAAGGUCCUUGCAAUGUCCACGUAGAGGACUAUGACAAAUUGUUCCAAACAGCAAAGCAGACUUUGCCCUGCAAUAAGCUGCUGUUCUGGAGCCAGACUCAUGAGUUUGUUCACAGCCUCUCUGCUGUUACUCACCUUUUUAUAACUUUGGAAGACACCCUCAUUGGUUACAUGUUUAAUGACUUGACUUGGUGUGGACAAACAAACCACACAGGGUUUGACUUUAACUCCUGUCCAGAGUGGUCAACCUGUGAACACCACCCCGUGUCUUCAUUAUGGAAAAAAGCCUCCGAAUAUUUUGCUUAUUCAUCAUGUGGCAACAUCACUGUGAUGCUGAAUGGAUCCAUAGAAAAGGCCUUCAAUAAAGAAAGUAUGUUUGGAAGUGUUGAGAUCAACAGCCUGGAUCCAAGGAAAAUCAACCAUGUCAACAUUAAGGUGAUUGACGACUUGGAGGGACCAUUCAGAGAGCCCUGUACUAGUGGUUCUAUUCUGGAUUUAAUAAAGAUCUUACAGAACAGAGGGUUUCAAUGGACUUGUACUGAAAAUGAAAUGUCAUUUAUGCACAUACAGUGUGUUAAAAAUCCAAGCAUACCAUUAUGCAGGAUCUGCAAACCCACCCAGCUUUAAAAGGAUACAUAGAAAUAAUAUUUGUUUAUCAAAAUAAUGUAUUAAUUCUAACAUAGAUAUACUGUAUUUGUUUUGGUUAUAAUGAUGUUAGUUUCCAUCUAACUGUUAUGUUAUGAUACAUUAUGAUAUCUAUGAUUAUUAUUUAACCAGGUAAAUGAUGAUUGUUAUGUGCUGUAACUUACAGUUAUUUUAAGUUUUCAAAUCAACCAUCUCUUCACUAAUAUUGUUUCAAAUAUAUGGGGAAUUUUCAGACAAAGACAGUAAAUAAUUACAGUGUAUCAUGAUGAAUCGGAAAAUAAAUAACUUUGUAUUAUUUAUGAGUCUACAAGUAAAAGUAACUCAUUCUGUUUCAUUUUGAGACAUCAGAUUUGUUUUGUUUUGCCCUUUCUCUCAGGACUGUUUGAACUAUCAUGAAGACUGCCCUUGGCUCACUGUCUCCCUACCAAGGGCUAAAAUUGCUAAAAGAGUGGGAUAAAAUUGCGAAGUCCAGGUGUGCAAAGUUGACAGAGACUUAUUCACGAAGACUUACUUCUGUAAUUAAUGCAAAAGGUGCUUCCACAAAUAUUAGUUGGGGGGGGGGGGUGCACACUUAUGCA